AUGUUUGCGUGUGCGGUGCGCAUUGAGUGAGCGCAUAAUAUUCAGUUCACAACAUGCACGACAUUCGGUUUUUGCUUUCUUCCGUGCUUUAGCAGUGAGUCUGGCUAUAUUUAGUGUCGACUGUUUUGUCUCUCAUCACGCGGGAAGACCGUAAAUCCGUGUGAGACACGCACACUCACGCACGGCCAUCUUUUGUUUCCAGGGAUUAGCUACAGCCCACUGUGUCCUGGACGAAAUGUAUUCAUAUACCUUUUCUGUUCUGAAAGGAAAUGUUAUUGUUACGAGAAAUAGAAAUUUCAUUUUCAGAGACGUGCACGAGCUGUAAAGUGGCUUUUUCAAUAAAGAUCUUACGGCUGCUUUUAAAGCUUAACUAAACUCGAGAGUUCUGAUUUAAAGAGGCAAUAAAUCAAUAUUUAAUAGGUAAUACAAACGUAAUGAAGUGGAAGCAGUUGUGAGGAUCUCGCAAGGAUCGUGAAGUUCUUUGACAAAGAAAGAGGAACAAUUUACGGACAUAAUACACUUAGAGCUUAUGGUGGCUUCAAACAGGAAAAAUCCUGAAAGGUGAUCGCCCCUUUAAAGAGCCGGUCUAAUCAGGCUGAGGAAAAUCGAUGAUCGUAUCCAGAUGAAGCCCCGUUUGAGCUUACCUUAAUGCUUGAUUUGUCCCCUCUUCGAUUGAUGGACUGGUCGAUCGCUUACACCUUGAGGAGCACGCGCGUGACCUGGAACGUGCACGCUUGAUUGAUGCUAUAAACCAAUGACCAGCUCAGUCUUCACGCACCUCACAGGAUGAUCGCCUGGUCGGUUUGAGGAGAUCUUGGUGUCCUUGAUACCAGCGUCCAAAGCCAGCAUGAUUAAUGACAGUUUUCCACUGUUCGUUGACGACAGGAACGGAACUCUAGCUGUCAACGCUUCCGCAAUGGCGGCUCACGCAAGGCGUUUCUCCGCGGAGCUGUGGAUUCCUUACGUGAUGAUUGGAGUGAGCUGCGUCACCUUCCUGGCCGUGCAUUUCUACUGCUACCACAAGAGGAACAGAGAGAGAUAUCUUCGGAAGAGAGAGGAAAAGCGUGUCAAAUCUGGUCUGAUGGAACGUAGGCGAAUCACAACACUCAUGGUCGCUAGAUACCAGUCAGAAUUGGGUAUUGGCAAGAGCGAAAGUGACCAGCCGGUCACAGAAGACACGGAGGCCUCCCUGUUUUAUGAGAACUGUGAUGAAGUCUUCCUAGACGACGACAACGGUGUCACGGGUGGUUACCAUGACAGCGGACGCAUAGACGUUAAUGGCGGCCGGGGUGGUGAUGGUGAUAGCGGCGGGGCGGCUGGGGCUUCUGCUGCCGGUGCUACCGCCGCGACGUUUUUGACCAACGGCGCACCGCACCCUGUAGAGCCUAUUGUGAAGCGGGCCGAUUUUGUCGUCGAAAACGGCGUAAGUGACGCUGGGAAAUCAAAACUGCGUUCUCCACCUUCGUACGAGCAGUGUGUCACUGAUGAUGCUAGAGAGGAUACUAGGAACGUUUUUGAUUCCGAAUUUCAGAGGAGCUACAGAGAAAGGCAAAAGGAACAGCAGGGGGAACAGCAUCACAACGGCUGGCAAGGCAGGAGGGAUGGAGGCCCGGGCCAACAAACAACCACUGUGUCUGUCCAACGCAGUGACGACUGGGGCGAUUACAACUCGGUCGCUCAGAACGCUUGGUAUAACAGAAGUCCUGAAGCUGGUUCAUACUCGGGUCUCAGUGCCAUGACCGCUUUCCCUAUUGACCCCCUCACGGCGUCUCCGAGAACUGUUAUCCACAAUCACCGGCUCAAGGAAGCUGCGCAAAACGCGAGAUACAAUCAGGGUCAUACCUUUGGAGAGCGUGGUAAAGAUAUCCCUGGCGGGGUUGGUGGUGGUGUCCGGGGAGGAGGGGCCGCCCCCACCACGGCCGGAGGACCAUCGCGCUACAACAGUACGCCCUCUCGUGACUCUGCACCACCGGUGACUUUGUCGUCCCAGCGCUUUAAGAAGCGAAAGUCAGACGGAGCGCCAGUUACGUCUAUCCCAAUCAAUGGCCAGUCCUCGAAAGAGGAAGCCGCACCAGUCAACUUUCUGAACCUACGCCAGCAAAGCGAAAGUCCGCAGGGCGCUAAGAAGAAUAUACUUGAUGCGCCACCACUGCGUGAAACGAGAAGCGAAGAGCUGUCUGCCUACCCUGGAGUUUCGCACAUUCCUUGUGGCAAAUCCCACCGAGCUGCAGAAGCGUGGACAGCCACUAACAGUGCGUCAGACGAUGAAUCAUUCCCUUUUGCAGAAGCUGGCCAUCCUUACGGCAGCAUAGGCGAUGGUGGGAAGUCGCCCGUCCACAAAUACCCCACAGCUCUCAGCCAGGGUAAACGAGGAGGCAGGUACACUUUUCUGAACAGCUCAGAAGCUGACAGCUCUCCUCGAUUACAGCCAGUGCAUUCAGGUCACAGUUCGUACCUUUCAAAACUUCAGGGUACUGAUAACAUUUCACUGAAAGACAAUAGUUCUAUGAGAACUGAGUCCUGUACUGACUCCGACAAUGUGUUGCUUGAUUCUAUAGCCCCUCUUACUUUGGCUCACAGUGUUCCCUCUCAAAAUGGGACAAGACUUUGUAACAACAAUACGAACGGUACGUCUCAGGAUCUUCAGGAACAACUUCCAGAAACAGAAGAAUGUCAACGUUCUCAAAAUGGAUCACUUCCGGUUCAGCCUGAUGUCACAAGCGCCUCGUCACGUAAGCCAAUCACGAUUUCGUUACCUGACAACGAAAAAGCUGAACCUGAACUCACUGAGAGCGCUUUCUUCUCCAAACCAAAACUCCCGAAGCGUAAUAAACCUGGGGCGUUAUGCCGAAUGGAAACAUUCGAUAAUUCCUCAGACAACGAAACACCAACACCCCCUACGGAGUCCAUAAAUAGUACGGGGCUUUCUCCGGAAACUGUAAAUAGCACAUCACGAGCCGAUGAGAGGACUACGUCAAAUUUGGGCGAGGGGGAGGAUACUCAGGACAAAUACGACGCCCCUCUUAGUAGAGAUUCGGGUGUGGGUACUUCUGCCAACAUCCCUGACUGUGCGUCUGAGAACAACUCGGUGUUUGCAUAUCCAGACGAGAGCGAAGCUCCAAAGGAGCAGGUCUCCCCACCCCAUGAGCCCGACAGUCCUUCCAUCAGCCAAGGGGCAGGCCCACCUCCUCCUCUUCAGACGCCAUCUUUGCGGAAACUGGAUCCAGAGUUGGUUUUUAAAAAGAGUAAGCGGAAAGUGACUUCAAAAUAAGACAGGAGUAUAAUAAUUUGCUGCUAUGUUGUAUUUUUUGUGUUGUGCGUUUAGAACGUGACCUCAAGAAACAUCGUCAGUCUUUGUCGCCCAUCCUCUUGUGCCACAGUCAGACAUUUCGCUGCUUCAGACAGUAUGAGUAUGAACAGUUUGCAAGAGAGAUAGAUCUAAAAACUGCCCCCCUCCCCCUUUUCCACCAAUGUCUCACUUUUUCGUUCUCUCUCUCUCAAUCUCUCUGACUCUUUUCCCUCU